AUGGAACAGAAGAAAAUGGAACGCCCAGUGCUGAAGAAGAUGCAUUCGGUGAUCCAGGAGGAGGAUCCGGAUGGAAGCGGAAGUGAUGAUGAUACAUUGGCUGAAGAGGAGGACAUACCAUUUGCCAGUCGAAAGCGUACCCCACCCAUCCGUGGAAUGCUUUCAGUACCCGGAGGCGGAUACACCCGGCGCCUGCUCUCCCCGAUCCCAGCGUCGCCCGACCCCUCAUCCUCCUCAUUCGAUUCCUCAGCAAUGAUUUUUGCCGAAAACUUUCGGCACCUGAUGACGUCGGAGAAGAUUGGGGAUAUGAGGUUAUUAGUGAAACUCAGCCAUGGACGCUCGCGAUUCAGUGACGUUGCGAAAUAUAUUGAGGUUGAAACGAUGCGCCAAUGGACGGGACACCGACGUGCUGAAGACGUCGGUGAAUGGGCACCACAAAGGAGAUCUGCCUUUUGCCGUGAGCUCGAGGAUCUGACCGGCUUGGAUCAUGAGCGGAUAGCAAAGAUCCGCGGGUAUCACCUGGCGCACGCUGAGAUUAUGAUAUUCCGAGAAUAUACACCAAUGGGUACGGUAGAGGACCAACUCCGCCGUUCUCCCUACUCGCCAAGAAGGGCCAUGGCUGCUAUCAAAGACGUUUUGAGCGGACUACAGUACUGCCAUGGCCAUCAGCCCAGAAUUUUGCAUCGAAAUCUGAGAGCCUCAAACCUGCUGCUCCGCAGUGACGAACGGAUUCUACUGUGCGAUUUUGGGCUGGAAAAUAUGGAUCAGGGCCCCAGGGGAACCGUAGCAUCCGAAAUUCCGUCACAAUCCGGCAAGCCGCCCUCCACCUCAGAAUAUUCGCACUACCGUCGCAUGAUUCUGGCCACAGCCCCCGAGAUCUUGGAGCGAGUGGAGGACGAGAGUGCAUACACGGAAGCCGCUGAUAUUUGGGCGGCCGGUUGUUGCCUAGCCGAGAUGCUCACCGGCCGACCGCCCCUUGCCGAGGAGUACAAGAAGUUAGGAGACGAGGAAUUGUAUCAGGAGCUGCUCAAUCGAUGCGAGACCCACAAUUGGGAUUUUUCGCCGAGGCGCCUCGUAGGCCGUGAGAAUGCUGAAGAGGCGGAUGUGCGGGGGUGGCUUGUGGCGAUUUUUGACCUCGAUGAGGAGGCGAGGCCGUCGGCAGCGCAGCUCCUAACAACCCCAGAGUUCGGGCCAACCAUUGAAAUAUCCCUCCCGGUGCCGCAACCACCGAUCUCCACCCGGAAAGCGACGAAUCUGAAGUUGAAACUGCCGACGGCUGAUGAAUUGGCGAGGGAUGUUGAGAGGAAUGAGGAGAAGAGAUCGCCAAGGACCUCCCGAAUCAGCGCCAUUCCGUCACCAACCGACCGUCCCUUAUCGUCGACAGGGGUCACCGUAGUGGACGAUUUCCACGUGGCUCUACGAUGGUAUGGCAGUCGAUUUCUGUUGUUUGUAUCGCUCCUAGGCAAGUGGAUAUGCGUCGUGUUUCUGGCAGCUUGUUCGCUGGGAGCUGUCGCUUUUCUCGUCUUCACGGCAAUAUCUUUGAUUUACAAUGGCAUUGGGAUCGUGUGCCAGUGUAAAUUGAAUGAGGGCUUCAUCGUCCUCAUCGCCCUUAUCCUGCUGCCAAUCCUGAUCCUCUUGACGACGCUGUGCUGCAACAACUCCAUCGAAAAGUACAAGCAGGCCAAGGCUGAUGGUUCUUUGGAGAGAUGUCGCUACGUGAAAAAACCACCAAAAGAGGACAUAGUGUUGUGCGGAGUGUUGGUUCUUCAGGGUACGCACGGACGCGCGAAAGGAAGCCGCGGCGAGGAGAUACGUCGCAAAAACGCGGACAGCCAGCAGCAAGAUCCAAUGGCCGUCACGCAGGCCCUCCGACUGCAAAGCGGCUUCGCGAUGGGCGUCAGCAAAUUGGCA